GUUAGAAACACACCGAGAAAGAAGCACGCAGGAGCUGAGUCACCAUGAGUAAGAUCACUUUUUACGAGGACAAGAACUUCCAGGGCCGCUCAUAUGAGUGUGACACAGACUGCCCCGAAAUGCACCCCCACUUCAGCCGCUGCAACUCCAUCCGCGUGGAGAGCGGCUGCUGGGUGCUGUACGAGCGUCCAAACUACAGCGGCUACCAGUACGUGCUGACCCGCGGCGAGUACCCCGAGUACCAGCGCUGGAUGGGCUACAACGACUCUAUCCGCUCCUGCCGCACUUUCAACUAUACUAGUGGCGGGCCCUACCGCAUGCGCAUCUACGAGCGACCUGACUUCCAGGGCCAGAUGAUGGAGUUCAACGACGACUGUGAGUCGGUGCAGGACCGCUUCCGCACCCGCGAUAUCUACUCCUGUAACGUCAUGGAUGGCUACUGGACCAUGUAUGAGCACCCCAACUACAGGGGGCGCCAGUACUUCAUGCAGCCUGGCGAGUACCGCAGAUUCAGCGACUGGGGCGCCACUUGUGCCACCACUGGCUCCUUCAAGAGGAUCACUGAUUUUUAAAUGAGAAAAGAGGGAAAGAGAGAG